GGCGGCGGCGGCGGUGGGUCGCGGCGGCGGGCUCGGAGCUGACGUGGGCGACGUGGGCCCGCCGCGCCGGCGCGGGCUCGGUCUCCGCCUCCUCGCGGCCGUGAGCAGUGACGAGCCGCCACGUCAGGCGGCCGGGCGGGAUAAAUAAAGAAGAAAACGAGAAAGGAGCAAAGCAGUGAUUACAAAUGUCUUAAUAAUGAGCAAAUGUGGCAGGAAAAAGUAUAUUAAGACAAAUCUAAGACAAAUGACGAUGGAAACAGUUGAAUCUCGACAGGACGGGAGCGUAGCAGAUACUGACGGCGAAUCUGCUCACAUGCAGAGCCAGCCUGGUCAAAACUCAAUCCCCACGUUAGCUCAGGUCUCUGUAGCUGGAUCAGGCACCGGAAGAGGCUCCCCAGCUGUGACUCUAGUGCAGCUGCCUUCUGGCCAAACGGUCCACGUGCAGGGAGUGAUCCAGACACCACAGCCAUCGCUCAUUCAGUCACCACAGAUACAAACUGUUCAGGUAGCAACAAUCGCAGAGGCAGAUGGUUCUGCAGAAUCAGACGGUGUAAUUGACUCUCAUAAACGUAGAGAAAUCCUUUCACGAAGACCCUCUUACAGAAAAAUACUGAAUGAACUUUCCUCUGAUGUGCCUGGAGUUCCCAAGAUUGAAGAAGAAAAAUCAGAGGAAGAAGGAACGCCACCUAACAUCGCUGCCAUGGCAGUGCCAACUAGCAUAUAUCAGACUAGCACGGGGCAAUACAUUGCUAUAGCCCAAGGUGGAGCAAUCCAGAUUUCUAACGCAGGAUCUGACGGUGCUCCAGGACUGCAGGCACUGACAAUGACAAACCCAGGAGCUCCUCCCCCGGGUGCCACCAUUGUGCAGUACGCAGCCCAGGCAGCUGACGGCACACAGCGGUUCUUUGUCCCAGGCAGCCAGGUUGUUGUUCAAGAUGAGGAAUCUGAACUUGCCCCAAGUCACAUGGCUGGUAAGUGGCAGAGCUGGACUAGAACCCAUGCCUUUUCUGCUGUACCGUGUUUAAAGCUUGCAAAGAGAGCUGCCACUGGUGACAUGCCCACUUACCAGAUCCGAGCCCCGACUACGACUUUGCCUCAGGGUGUAGUGAUGGCUGCCUCACCAGGAAGUUUACACAGUCCUCAGCAACUAGCAGAAGAAGCCACACGCAAGCGAGAACUGAGACUAAUGAAGAACAGGGAAGCCGCCCGGGAGUGUCGCAGGAAGAAGAAGGAAUAUGUCAAAUGUCUUGAGAACCGUGUAGCUGUCCUUGAAAACCAAAACAAGACCCUCAUUGAGGAACUCAAGGCCCUCAAAGACCUUUAUUGCCAUAAAGCAGAGUGACUGUGACCUGGGCGUGGAUCUGGUUUACUGUGAACUCUUACCGAGGCGGGAGACGCAGCAGAUCUCCUCAGUGGCCGUGUGGGCCUGUAGAAAGGACACCUGUGACCUUUAAGAAUCCGGUUCGACUUAGUGUUUUGCAAAUGGGAGAGUUGUUCCGAGCUGUGCAGUGCAACCACGAUCACACGUGCCAUGCUCACUUCACCCUGUUUGUCACUAGCUCUGCCAAAAAGAAAAAAAAAGAAAAAAAAAAUGUUGUGUUUGCCUGCUUGUCCCUUUUUUUCAGGGAAGCUGCUAAGGAAUGCCGACGUCGGAAGAAAGAGUAUGUCAAAUGUCUGGAGAGCCGGGUGGCCGUGCUGGAAGUUCAGAACAAGAAGCUCAUAGAGGAACUCGAAACCUUGAAAGACAUUUGCUCUUCUAAAACAGAUUAGUAGAGAUAUUUAACUAUGAACUGAUUAUAACAUGUACAGUUGCUUUUGAAGGCAAUACAAUAUAUAGCCGACAAGAA